AUGUGGGUCACGGAGGCGCUGCCGCCGAUCACAGCUUCACCCCCGGAGUCGAGCGCGGCCGCGCAGGAGGCGGGAGAGAGUCAGGCUGAUGGCAGGUGUUCCAGGAGCCUGGGGUUUCUUUGAGGCAUCUUUUGUCAUUACAAUAGACGGCACUGCAUUUAUUUUUUGACAAACUGAAAAAUCACUAGUCACCAAUUGACAACCAUGGAAGUGGGCAUGCGUAUUGUACGUGGUGUGGACUGGAAAUGGGGGAACCAGGAUGAUGGGGAAGGACAUGUCGGUACAGUGGUUGAGAUUGGCCGUCAAGGCAGCACUACAACACCAGAUAAAACUGUGGUGGUCCAAUGGGACUGUGGCACCAGAACAAACUAUCGAACGGGUUACCAAGGAGCUUAUGAUCUGCUUCUCUAUGACAAUGCACAGAUUGGUGUGCGUCACCCCAACAUAAUCUGUGAUUGCUGCAAGAAGCAUGGGAUCAUGGGAAUGCGAUGGAAAUGCCAAGUGUGUUUUGACUACGAUCUAUGUACUCAGUGCUACAUGAUCAACAAGCAUGAUCUUAAUCACUCGUUUGAACGCUAUGAGACUGCACAUUCACAAGCUGUUCCUGUUGGUCCGCGGCAGAAUUUGCCAAGAAUUGUACUAAAGGGGAUCUUCCAGGGUAGUAAAGUUGUUCGAGGGCCAGAUUGGGACUGGGGCAAUCAAGAUGGUGGGGAAGGCAAAAUUGGGAAAGUAGUUGAUAUUCGUGGCUGGGAUACUGAGUCAGGACGAAGUGUUUCAAGUGUCACCUGGUCAAACGGGACAACCAACGUCUACCGAAUGGGUCACAAAGGGAAGGUUGAUUUAAAGUAUGUCACAGAUUCUGCAGGAGGCUACUACUACAAAGAGCAUUUACCAAAACUAGGCGAACACGUUGAACUCCCCAGGCAGGAAAGUGCUGAUGGCCACUCAUUCCAGCAUAAUGACAAAGUGAAAUGCCUCCUAGAGAUAGAUAUUCUCCGGCAGAUGCAGGAAGGACAUGGAGGAUGGAAUCCUAAAAUGGCAGAGUAUGUUGGACGGACUGGUACUGUGCACAGAAUAACAGACCGCGGAGAUGUGAGAGUUCAGUACAGCAAUAACAUUCGAUGGACCUUCCACUCUGGAGCUCUUACAAAGGUUGACACCUACACAGUCGGCGAUAUUGUUCGUGUGAUGGAUGAUUUAGAAACUGUAAAAAGACUUCAAACUGGCCAUGGAGAAUGGACUGACAGCAUGACUCCAGCACUGGGACAGGUUGGGAAGGUACUAAAGGUAUAUGGUGAUGGAGAUUUACGUGUGGGAGUUGGGGGCCAAACCUGGACCUUUAACCCAGCAUGUGUAACUGCAGCACAACCUGGAGAGGUGGAUGCCAACCUCAUGACAGCAGACAACACAACUGAUUCAGCAAGUUCAGUCACCUCUGUCCUAGAAAAAUUGCUGUCACAGUCAACUGAUCAGGAUAAUCCUGGACGGAUCGUCAUUGAGGCUGCUCAUGGGAAUGCCACAAAGGUUCAGGAUUUGGUUCAGAAAUAUCCAGAGAAGGUUGACGUUAAGAAUCAGGGCAAGACAGCACUGCAGGUGGCUGCCCAUCAGGGACACCUUGAGGUGGCGAAAAUUCUUCUGCAGGCAAAUGUAAAGCUUGAGAUUCAUGAUGAGGAUGGUGACACAGCCUUGCAUUAUGCAUCAUUCGGAAACCAGCCUGAGGUGGCAAGGCUGCUUCUCAGCAAAGGUGCGAAUGCCAAUCUACUGAAUACUUCUACAUGUUCUGCACUGCACAUUGCAGUAAACAAGGGCUUUACAGAAGUGGUGCGUGCACUUUGUGAAUAUAACUGCAACGUUAAUCUGCAGGAUUCAUAUGGAGACACCCCUUUGCACGAUGGAAUUGCAAAAGACUACAGAGACAUCAUUGAAAUCCUGACAGAGGUGCCGAACAUUGACUUCACUCAACAAAAUAAUCGUGGCUUCAACUUGCUACACCACGCAGCCUUAAAAGGCAACAAACUAGCCACAGAGAAAAUUCUAGCCAGAGCACGGCAACUGGUGGAUGUGAAGAAGGAGGAUGGUUUUGCAGCCCUCCAUCUCGCUGCCCUCAACAACCACAAAGAAGUAGCUGACGUGCUGAUUAAAGAGGGUCGGUGUGAGAUUGAUGUUCGGAAUAAUCGGAAUCAGACUCCUUUGCAGCUUUCAGUUACACAGGGUCACACUGAUAUAGUCCAGCUCUUGGUGACUGAAGGCUGUGAUGUGAAUGCAGAGGAUGAAGAUGGCGACACUGCUAUGCAUGUGGCACUCUGUCGUCAGCAGCUGGCAACCAUCAUGGCAUCAAGGGAAGGAGAAACAAGCGCGCUGUAUGCAAAUUUGCAGACUUCUGGGUUAUUGGGAUCUACUGAGCUUAAUGUGGGUGCUGCCAUUGCGUGCUUCCUGGCCCAGGAUGGAGCAGAUAUUAACUACACCAACUACAAGGGCAAAACGCCACUCGAUCUGGUCACACAUGGCAGGAUAAUACAGAUAGUCAAAAGUUUUGCAGAGAAAUUCAGGGGAUCACAGCUGCAGUCAGGUGGGACGACAGUUCUGCGACGAGUCCACACAACUCCAAACACCAUGACAAAUCUUUUACUCCCUGUAUCAGCAGGUCCUGCUGAGUGUCUAGUGUGUUCUGAGCUGUCCUUACUGGUUCAGUUCACACCCUGUCAACACAUUGUAGUAUGUGAAGAGUGCUCUGUAAGAAUGAAGAAAUGCAUCAAAUGCCAAGUGUCCAUAACGAAGAAAAUGAGACAUGAUAACACAGAAGUUGAAAGCAGCUCUACUGCUGAACCGCCAGAUCAGAGAAAACUGCUGGAACAGCUCCAGUCUCGAUACAGGCAAAUGGAGGAAAGGAUAACAUGCCCCAUAUGCAUUGACAACCAGAUUAAACUGGUGUUCCAGUGUGGCCACAGUUCCUGUCUAGAGUGCAGUGUUGCCCUGAAAGCAUGCCCCAUUUGUCGUCAGAACAUUCGGGAACGGAUACAGAUUUUUGUUUGAUGCAUGGCAAGCCUUCUUUUCUAUAAUUCUGUUCUUUCAGAACAUUUUCUGUACUGUACCUUUUCUGUGGUACACUGUGUUUGUGUUUGUAAUCACCUUCAGUUUUAGUCCUUGGCACCAGUGCAAUUAGAAUCCGUGUGAUUGAGGUUUGUACAUGCUGUUAUCCAGCAAGAGACUAGAAUUGCAUUUUUGAUAACUCGAAUGCCCACUGUGAGGAUUCAGUGGAUGAUAUGUUAACAACAAAAGAGUAAACUUGUACAUAACAUGAGGCAAGUUUAUUAAUCGUUGAAUGUUGGCCCUGUUAAUAGUUGCAAAUGCUUGCGAAAUGCACAAAGCUACAGUAAAAAAAACCUUACUGUGUAUGUAUUUAUAUAAAAACUACAGUGUAAUAUAAUCCAUAAUCUAACAACUGUGGCUUAUGGUCAGUUGUAUAUAUUUAAACGUUCCAGGAAUAUAAAAUGGUACUUCAACAAUCUUCCAGGUACAACGCCUAUCAGCCAGUGCUAACCUUUUCCAUCUAUAUCUCUAUCUAGCAACAAAACAACAGCUUCUGCAACAGAGAAUUAAUUAUUUCAAAUAAUAAAAUCAUUAAUUUUUGAAAACUUUAUUUUAAACAUAACUUUUCUUCUGUUAUUCUGUCAUCGUAGCGUGAUUAGACAGCUAAUAUAUUACACUAAAUGUUGUCCUGGAUAUGUGAUAAAAUGUCAGAAAAGAUUGUGACUGAGCAGGGACGGUAACAGCUAGAAUAUCAAAUCGAUUAAUUAAAUAUUUAAAUAUGAAGCUGUAUGUUGUGGGUGAUUCUGUGUUUAUAAAUGUAGUUAGUUUAUUUGCCUGGAACCAUAUUAGGCGAUUUGAUUCGAUCCACUAUACCAUCUGAACACGGCAAAGUAAAAUGGUAAUGAAAAUAAAUUUAAAGUUCCAUAGAAAAUAAUGAGAAUUAAUGCUUGUUUUGGUCUGUGAAAUAUUAAUCUUCUCACCCAGACAUUCUAUUGUAAAAUGUGUUUAUGUUUAAAUAUUCCAGGAAAAUAAAAAUCAACAGAAAUACGAAUUAGAUGCAGUUCCAUCAAGGAUUCUCAAACUAGAGACAGUUCCAAUUCACCGGUCUAAUUUUCACAUUGAGUAUUGUAUUCAAGGGAGCAAAACAGAAAUGAGGUCAGUGUAGUAAUGAGAUUCUGAAUCUGGAUAACUGCUGUGUUCUUUGUAAAGGUGUUACUACUAGGCACACUAGUGAUACCUAGGGACGCAGCUUUAAUACUAUGUUAACUUCUGUUUUUAUUACAUUGGCAGACUGUUCACGAUGGAUUUCUUUAGUGUUUAAUUAAAAUGUAAAUUAUACAUUGGUUUGUGGGCCUGAAGUUGGACCUAAAAUUUUGAGACUUGGCAAGGCCAUGAUGUGGCAAUGUUAUAUCAUGACCUAAUGUUCUCCAUUUUGCCUGGGAAGGUUACAACAUUGUGUCACAAAGAAUAAGUUACUUCAAACUCAACAGGCAAAGCUGGAAAGUGCCAUCAAUUCAUUAGGCAAGAUCAAGAUGCUUAAGUUCAUAGUUUUUACAAGUUGGUAUAAAAAGCUAAAAAUACAAAAGAUUGACAUAGUAUCAAUCAUAGCAUUAUUAUAUAAAUAAAAUUCAAAGAAAAAUGCUUUGACAAAAAAUACUACACUUUAGUCUUGAUACAUAGACAUAUUAAAUUACCUGUUUAUUUGAAUCAGAGGAACAUGAAGAAAUAGUAUUAUGACUGUUUGGUGUUACUUUAAUCAAGAAAAUGAUUGUAACAGUGAAAAUUGGGAUUUGAGGAAGACCAUGGCAACAUUUGGAGAAGAUUGAUGCAUUUUGUGAGACUUAUUCCACCAAUUUAAACCAUAAAGGUCCAUGUUUAAUUUGAUGACACAAAACAGCAUUUAACAGGUGAAGAUAAAUUUACAAAUGCAACUUGGAAAAGCAAAUCAGACUUGGUAUAUUGGUAUUUUGGUAUAUUUUGGUUAGUGUAUAGAUUAUAUUGCUGAUAUGUGUUGGUGUGGAGUACUUUUUUCUGAAACCUGAUGAAAUUAUUAGUAUGUCAUUUAGUUGAAAUGUUGCUUAGUUCAGCAGCCUUUAUUAAGUUGAAUUUCACAGAUUUGGGCAACAGGUUUAUAUGUGCCAAACAGAUUGUAUCAUUGAGGAAAGUGUAUGGUCAGGAAUUGCUGUUUAAAUAAACUUGCAGUUCCUAAAUGCCUGGCUUUCUUGUGCACAUUCCUCCUCGAUCUUAAACUCUUUCUUGAAAUUAAAAAAGGUGCAUGAAUUGAUAUUCAAGUCUUGGAUCAAAGAGGGAAGAUUUUUGUUCAGUUUUGUUGACUCUGGGUUCAUGGAAAACUCUGUUUUUUAAGAUGAGGGAGGGAGAGGGAGAAUUGUAGCCUUUGCUGAACCUUGGGGCUAUUCUAUUUGUGAAGACGAACUGGCCAAACCAUUCCAGGAUUUGACUUUUGACAAUAGACCACUUCAUCAUAAACCAGUGUCAUUAAUCAACCAAUUUGGAAAAUAUUGGAAAUAUUGUCUGUUCCUUUUCGCACCUUAAUAAUGAGAAAGUAUUUAUGCCCAGAAGAACAACAGAAAGAUUAGCAAAAAAAACCCACAGCAAAUAGAAUGGAAAAUGUGAGACCACAGGACUUGGUACUGUAUUUUUAGCUAAACAUCUGCAUUGGAAGUUUUGUUCUCAUGGCCUUAUUGUUUCCUGCUGGGUUACUGUAUUCUCAUGUUGAAGUUCUAUACUGUGAAUAAAUUAUUUUGAAUUACA